GCAGCUGCCUCUGCUGAGAAAUCUGUCUCCAGCGCCUUUGCUUCCGAGACUGGUAGCUUUUUAGAAAGACUGCAAUGCAGCGCUUAGCAAAGCCCUGGUAAUAUGGAAGCUGCCCGCUCCCCUUCUGACUGCUGCCGCCGCCUGUGAGUUGCAGGAGGAGAUGGUGGGUCUAAUAUGCCUCAGGACCCAUGCUUCUGUGAUUAGAUGCAGCCAAUUUUGUGAGUGCCUUGACUAGCACAGGCUUGUCCUGCAGCAGCUCUGAAUUUCUGGUGCAGUGGGCUUUCCUCGGAAUGUGAAACUGAAGAUGCCUUUGCAGUUUGUGCCUGGUAAUUUGAUUUUCAUCUAUGAGUUCAUAUGGUGGGUUAUACAAAGGUACAGGGUCCCCAUUACUUGAAGGAUAAGGCUGGCACUGCUCCAACGGCUUUGUGGAAGCUUCUCCCUCACUCCUGAGCUUUCCUAGACCACCUUCCAGCGUAUGACACAGAAUUCCUCUUUCCUAAGAUGGAGGCAAGCAAAAAGAUGGAUGCUUCUGGCUCACUGCAGCCCAACCCACCCUUGAAGCUACAGCCCGAUCGCAGCGCAGGGGCGGUGCUCGUGCCGGAGCAAGGAGGCUACCGGGAGAAGUUUGUGAAGGCAGUGGAGGACAAGUAUAAGUGCGAGAAGUGCCACCUGGUGCUGUGCAACCCAAAGCAGACUGAGUGUGGGCACCGGUUUUGUGAGAGCUGCAUGGCUGCCCUGCUCGGCUCCUCAAGUCCAAAAUGUACAGCGUGCCAAGAAAGUAUCAUCAAAGACAAGGUGUUUAAGGAUAAUUGCUGCAAGAGAGAGAUUCUGGCCCUUCAGAUCUGCUGUCGGAAUGAAGGCAGAGGCUGUGCAGAGCAGCUGACCCUGGGGCACCUGCUGGUGCACCUAAAAAAUGAAUGCCAGUUUGAGGAACUUCCCUGUCUGCGUGCUGACUGCAAAGAAAAAGUUCUGAGAAAAGACUUGCGAGAUCAUGUGGAAAAGGCCUGUAAAUACCGAGAGGCCACGUGCAAUCACUGCAAGAGCCAAGUGCCCAUGGUCACACUGCAGAAACAUGAAGACACUGACUGUCCCUGUGUGGUGGUAUCUUGUCCUCAUAAGUGCAGUGUCCAGACGCUUCUGAGGAGUGAGUUGAGUGCACACUUGUCAGAGUGUGUCAAUGCCCCCAGCACCUGUAGUUUUAAGCGCUAUGGCUGCGUUUUUCAGGGUACAAACCAGCAGAUCAAGGCCCAUGAGGCCAGCUCCGCGGUACAGCACGUAAACCUGCUGAAGGAGUGGAGCAACUCCCUGGAGAAGAAGGUUUCCUUGCUGCAGAAUGAAAGUGUUGAAAAAAACAAGAGUAUACAAAGUUUGCAUAAUCAGAUAUGUAGCUUUGAAAUUGAAAUCGAGAGACAAAAGGAAAUGCUUCGAAACAAUGAAUCCAAAAUCCUUCAUCUGCAGCGAGUAAUAGACAGCCAAGCAGAGAAACUGAAAGAACUCGACAAGGAGAUCCGUCCGUUCCGGCAGAACUGGGAGGAAGCAGACAGCAUGAAGAGCAGUGUGGAGUCCCUCCAAAACCGUGUGACUGAGCUGGAAAGUGUGGACAAAAGUGCAGGGCAGGCGGCUCGCAACACAGGCUUGCUGGAGUCCCAGCUGAGCCGGCAUGACCAGAUGCUGAGUGUUCAUGACAUCCGCUUGGCCGACAUGGACCUGCGGUUCCAGGUCCUCGAGACUGCCAGCUAUAACGGUGUGCUGAUCUGGAAGAUCCGUGACUACAAGCGCCGGAAGCAGGAGGCUGUCAUGGGGAAGACCCUGUCUCUCUACAGCCAGCCUUUCUACACAGGUUAUUUUGGCUACAAGAUGUGUGCCAGGGUCUACCUGAAUGGGGACGGAAUGGGGAAAGGGACACACCUGUCGCUCUUCUUUGUCAUUAUGCGUGGGGAAUACGAUGCUCUGUUGCCGUGGCCGUUCAAGCAGAAAGUGACACUCAUGCUGAUGGAUCAGGGGUCCUCCAGACGCCAUCUGGGAGAUGCGUUCAAGCCUGAUCCCAACAGCAGCAGCUUCAAGAAGCCCACUGGAGAGAUGAACAUCGCUUCUGGCUGCCCAGUGUUUGUUGCCCAGACUGUUCUAGAGAACGGGACGUACAUUAAAGAUGAUACAAUUUUUAUUAAAGUCAUAGUGGAUACUUCUGAUCUGCCUGACCCCUGACAAGAAGCCAGGGAGGCGGAUUCAGCAGAAGGUAACUCCUCUGGGGGGGUUGAACCGGUCUGUCUUCACGAAGGUCUUCGCCCUCAGAAAGGACCUUGUGGAACAGGGGAAGCAGCCGGAGGAGGAGGAGGCGUGGCUGGCAGGAGGAGCCACAUGUGAAAACAGACCCCAACAGAUUUCCUAAUAGACUAGCCACACUCACUCUGAAGAAUUAUUUAUCCUUCAACAAGAUAAAUAUUGCUGUCAGAGAAGGUUUUCAUUUUCAUUUUUAAAGAUCUAGUUAUUUAAGGUGGAAACAUAUAUGCUAAAAAGAAACAUGAUUUUUCUUCCUUAACUUGAACACCAAAAAAGAAAACACAUGGAGGUAGCUGGAUGUGUCAGCAUGUUAAUUUAAAAGGAGAACUUAUGAAAUAAUAAUACAAUUCUGAUAUAUUCAUCCUAAAAUUCAAGAGUGCAAUCUUGUUUCAAAUAUAGUAUAUUGUCUAUUUUUAAGGCCUCAUCUGGUCUCUGUUUUAAUAAUUUGUUUGUCAGAAGACCCUGAGUAGGCAUAAGGUCUCAAAAUUCAGAAGUCAUUUUUAAUUUAAAGUUCUACAAAUAAUUGUUACUGCAAACAUUUUGUUUUAAAACGUUGAUAGACUGAUACUUCUUGGAAGAAAAUGUAAACUAUCAAACACUGGUUAUCACUUGUGAUAGGAAAGAGAAUAUCCAACCUGUUGUUAUUUCUCGUUAGAAAUGUAACCCUUCAAUAUCUGUCGUAGUUAGUGACACUACUUCACAAUGACUAUGAGAGGACAAUGCUCAUGGAUGCUGUGCAUCAUUUCAGAUUUAAAUUGUUUUCACCCUAAAAUAGGGCAUUAGUUGAACUUUGGAGUUCUAAACAAAAUCCUGUAGGUUUUUAAAAUUCUGCCCCGUGUUUAGACAAGCUCUGUGUUGCUGACAGCACCAGCCUUGGUCUCCAGUGUCCAGUGUCCGGGGAUAGGCAGGUGACCUGUGCUGCAGGAGGCCCCAGCAAGCAUCUCUCAUCCUUCAUACUGCUGCAUUUGGCUGAUGAUCUCCGAAGGCAACAUCUGCGCUCAGAGAUGGUGGCAUACGGUACAUGUGCCUUAGAUGUGACAUGCUGCUUCUUGUCCCUGGGUUUCAUCACCAUGAUUCAGAAAGUGAUAGUUUAACCAGAUCUCUCUCUCUCUCCACCGCCAGAUCUUUGUCUCUCCCAGGGCCCUCAGACAAUUCUGAACCUGCCUGGGGAAGCCAGGCCUCCGUUGGUGGCUUCUGAAGCCUCUGCUGCUAAACAUUCAGAGUCCAACUCUAGGCCCCCAAGAGCAGCUCAGUUCCACCCCAAGGGAGGGAGGUGUGAGCAGAAGCCACACCCUUCCAGGUCUCCACAAGGGUCCUGAAGUCCCCCACAGCAUGAAGGAGAAGCCCUCUGCCCCAAGCAUUCUCGAGACCACUGGUCUGGGCCCUGCUCAGGCUGGCGGCAGCAGCCCUGGCCUCCCUAUUGGAAGGUGGCCAGCUGGUGCCCCAGCCUGUCCUGUCCAGACGGCACUCCCAGCUCACUGUUUACGUCUCUCUUGAUGGUCCAACUGUGAUUAGAAGCCUGGAGCCCUGCCCCGGUGCCCCUUUUGCUAUGCACCACGCUUCAUGGUGCUCUUACACUGAUGGGUGCUACACGCGACAGGUGCUUCUUAGGCAAAACCAAUGUGUGCGAACCACCGCAUCUGUGCCACUUGCCCAAAAGGCGCGCCCACAAUUGGCCAGCUGGGCCCGCGCUUCAGACUGCCUGCCUCUGGGCUCUCAUGGUCGCGCGGGGACAGCUGGGUUGGUGCCGGUGGCCCACCUUAUCUCUGGUGCUGCCAUCUGUCCUGGGUGUGCCUUCGCCCCAGUGCCUGCUGGAAGUGCCCUCCUCUUGCACACCUGUCCCCACGCUUCCAUGAGCGACCUCCUGGUUUCAAGCCCUCGCCCUGCCCUUCAUGCCUGAAACAUUUGGGUCUUCACCUGCUCCUCCUCUCCCCGCUCUGCUGGGACCGCUUUGGGGUAAGUUGGUGGCUUUGGUUCUGCUCAUAAGACUGCAGAGCCCCCGUCCUUUCAAGGGUACCUCUUCUUCCUGCAGGCUGUCCCGAGGGUUCUUCCCCCAAAGACACACCCCCCCCCCCCGGCACUCCCUAGCUGGCCCUGGGUAGCUUUUCCAUGGCCAGGUGUCAGGGACAUCCCUGCAGGCCCCCUCCCCCCUUUGAAGAAGUCAGUGCAGUACCAAUAGGUAUAGGCCAACAGCAUCCUGCUGACAAAAAGCAUGCCUGUCUUUAGUUUCAGAGCCUGGUAUGAGGGUGACCCUGAGGUGUCCUCAGGCACUCCCUCCCUGCUGGUGAGACUUUACACGGCUCCUUCCUAUGUGAGUGGGCCCUCCUGGCCUCACCCGGUGCCUGCAGGGUGUGAGUAAACUGAGUAGCUUUGUCCCCUGGGAUGAGGGCCUGGCAUGUCACAGCUUCCUGUAGUGUGUCUGUUGCAUUGUUCAGUAACAGUAGAAUAGCGGGCAAGCUCAUACCUCUGUGCCCUGUCUUAACUUGUGAAGGACGUGCUGAGGUGCAUCCCCUGGGUGGGCCUCGCUCUGCUCCGUCGCAGCAUUCCUUGGCACCCCUUUGGUGCUCACCACCUGGGCCAGUGUUAGGCUGUGGUCUCAGCAUAGUUGAGGCCCUGUUGCCGAUUCUGGCAGCCAGCCCUCACCAUUUCACAGGGUCCUGGCCACAAGAAACACAGGUGGUUGUGCAGUGUGUGUGCCUGGCUGUGCAAAAGUGUCACUUGCUCAUCUUUUAAAGGGGCCGUUUGUUCCAUGACCUCCAUGAGGAAAUUGGACACAACUCCUGCUUGCCUGGGGGCAGUGAUCAGUGCCUGCUCAAAGCCCCUGGGAGGAUGCAGGCCACCACGUGGCAGUGUGUCCUAAGGCCUGGCCCAAGGCUUUUGUGAGUAGCUGAAAGCCUGUGUCGGUAACCACCCGGGACCAGACUGGGAAUGAGGGCUUUGCACCUCCAUUGGUCAGGGAGAGGAAGGUAACCUCCUGACUGCGGCUCCUGUACCCCUUGGGGGUAGACAGACCCAACCUAGGGCAUGCAGCAUGCUAGGCUGCGGGCAAGACGGGGCUGGAUGAAACGUGAACAAGCGUGUGUGCUGGUCUCGCGCAGGAGAGCAGUGCCCCACACCCCAGCCCACCCUGCUAUCAGUUUCUGUAGAGCCCAGGCCCAGCAUUGAGAAGAGCGAUGGGCUGUUGAAAGGGUCUGCAUCUCGGUCCACAUCUGUCUCCCCUUCCUGGAGUAGCCUGUGACAGAUGGCAACUUGUCCCUAAGACAGCACAACAGUCAGCCAGCACAGCCAUCAGCUGAGGGAGGUGUCUGCUUAUGGCCACCACACCGCCUCCUUCCUUUUCUCUGCUCUAUCUCCAUUUGUUCCAAGGACUGGGACUCCAGGGAGCUGUGGCCAGCAGCGCUGUGGCUGUGUUCCCCAGGCAGCCUCCAGCAGGGCCUGCAGACCACCACCACCAGAUCUGUGGCCAGCCUCCUGAGAACCUGGCCACACUCAGACACAAUCCCCUGUGGGUAGCUAGCUGCUUUCCUGUACUCCUCGGUCUGCCCCGGAGUCCCAGCUGGAGUUGGGACCAUGUGCCUGCUACCUUGGGCCUGAUGUUAGUGAUGCCACCGUAACUGAACUAUCUGCAUGGUAGCAGUCACCCAUGGCAGGCCUGGCAGCUAGUGGACAGCAUCCAGCAAAGAGUAGGAUGUCUGCGCACACCAAGCAACAGUGUCCUGGGUUGGACCACUCCUGCCAGCCCCAGAGGAGAGUGGAGGAGAGCCAGUGCCGAUAGUACCACCCUUGCCUCCUCCUUCCCCCUGCACACUGCCAAGCAUUGCAGGGACUGCGCUUUGUCCUUGGCCACGACGUUUCCCACCUGACAGGUUGACAGGGUGGGUCAGUCCCUACCCUCCCAUACAUCCCCGCUGCUUGGGAGUAAUAGUGUCGGAGAAGGGCUGGGUGGAGCUUAUGAUACAUCUUUUACUUUGAGUCCAGCCCUUUACUGGCUAGACUGCAGGAGAGCUAGUGUGUGUUUGCAGGCAUGCCAUUGUGUCUGAGUGUGUGACAAGGGUCUGUCCCUCCCAGAUCCUCCCAGACUGAGAUCAUGGUUCUCUCUUCCGUUUGCAAAUACAUAGCAGCUGUUUUCUCCAAAAUAGAAUGUGCCCACAAGGGUCUUGGGUGAGGUGAGGUGAUAAUUGGCGAGUGACCCGGCCAUUUUGUCAACUGCCCCACCCCAGCUGGCGCUGGCUGCCGCAGGCACUGUAGCACCGGGGAGCCAGGUUAGCAGGGACGGUAAAAAGUCAGCAGCCCAUCCCAAAGGCCUGGACAUACCCUAGCCUGUUGUCCACUUGGAGGGUUCCCUGAGUACCAUUGCUAGGCAGGUGGGCAAGGCAGUGACCCACGCCAAGGCCAGCCAUAUGGCUAAGCAGCCCCAGUAGCCAAGCAGAGUGUGUGAUCCAUUUCCCGAGCCACACCACGUCUAGAGUCUUUCUUGUGAGUUCACUGUGGAAAGGAGGUUACAAGUCCAGGGUCACUGUGCCACUCCGUAGUCAGUGGUGACUGACAUACACCCUUAGUCCCCUUAGUCAAGUAAGAUAACCUUCAAAAGGCAAAUAAAUGACCUAAUUGGAAAACACAAAAGCCGGCCUUCCUUCCAAGGAUUUCCCUAAGAAUCUGUGGGUGCUCUGACUGAUGGGGGUCAGUGCAGACAGCUGCAGACUGUUCUAGCGUUGCGUUCUUCUCUCUGAUGGCACACCUCUUGUGUUCAGUUCUAUUAACCCAAAACAAAGACCAAAGAAGGCCAAUCUCUCAUUCGACUGCGUUUUUAACCUGCCUGUUUUGACACUUGCCGUCUGUAGUGGCCGCUCGCUGUGAGGCCCCAUCUUGACAGUCCAAGUGAUUGUGACCAGUGAUUAGCGUCCCGUGUUUUCUGCUCUUCUAAGAAACUGAGACAGUCCGAGUUGUUGCGCAGCAAUAGCCCUGUCACCGGAGUUGGCAGCACGUCUCCUCUGACAGCAUUACGAUGUUUCGUAUUCUGUUUACCGUGUGUUAUGUGUGGUUUCAUUUGGUAUUUAUUUGUGUUUUGAGGUCUUGCAAUGUUUUGUUCUGCUGCUAAUAAUAAAAGUUUGUAAGACUGUAGAAUGCAAAAUUUUGCAAUGCUAAAGUGUCUAUUAGAGGAAAAUAAAGCUGAUUUAAGA